AGCAAGCAGCCCUAUUUCCCGAAGUACCCAACGGGCAACGGCCCAAAAGCAAGAUCGUUUCGUUUCCUUUCCGUUCUCGAGAGGUGCGUAGCGAAUUGCGAUACUCUCCUAUCUCUUACUCUCCUGUACUCCCCGCCGGUGCUUUUUGGAUGGAAUCCUUGUCGUCAUCGCAGACGACGCACAGGCUCCGGAGCCACCAUCGUUACAGUCGUACUCCUAGAGGUUGACAUUGCUCGUCUUUAUCGCCUCAGGAGGAGAAGAGGAAGAAAGUGAAGUGCCGGUGGUGCUCUGCUGCUGCUGCUCCUCCUCCUCAUUAUCCUCCACCCCAUGGCUUUCCGGCGGCGCCACCACACCAGCCACAGCCGCCUCCGCUCGCUGCUCCCCGCCAUUUCCGCCAUCUCGGGUGCUCUUCUCAUCCUCUUUGCCUUCCUUUCCUUCCUCGUUCCUUCUCCCGUCGACUUGCACCACCGCGACCACCGCCGACUCGGUGUCCCGCUCAACAACGGUGUUGGCGAUGCGGUGCCACUCGUCUCGGCGUUUCGUGUUCCGAGUGGUGGGGGGAGAUCGGAUCGGGAUAUGUGGAGUUCCAGAUCAUCUGAUUUCUACUACGGAUGUAGUAAUGCAAGCAACAAGUUUGCGAAAGCAGAACAUAUUACACAUCCUAAUAGGUACCUGAUGAUCGCGACAAGUGGGGGCUUAAAUCAACAGAGAACUGGGAUUACAGAUGCUGUUGUUGCUGCCCGAAUUUUAAAUGCUACUCUUGUUGUUCCAAAGCUGGACCAAAAAUCAUUUUGGAAAGAUAGUAGUAAUUUUACAGAGAUCUUUGAUGUUGAAUGGUUUAUAUCCUAUCUAUCAGAAGAUGUUAAAAUAAUAAAACAGCUCCCGAAAAGGGGAGGGAAAACUCUUACGCCAUAUACCAUGCGUGUUCCAAGGAAGUGCAGUGAACGAUGCUAUCAAAAUCGUGUACUACAUGUUCUUUUGAAAAGGCAUGCUGUUCAGCUCACAAAGUUUGAUUACAGACUCUCAAAUAAGUUGGCGACAGAUUUGCAGAAGCUGAGAUGUAGAGUUAAUUACCAUGCUUUGAAGUUUACUGAUCCCAUACUUGAAAUGAGUAAAAAAUUGGUCAAUCGUAUGAGGAUGAGAAGCAAGCAUUACAUUGCCCUGCAUCUUAGGUUUGAACCUGAUAUGCUUGCUUUUUCGGGAUGCUAUUAUGGUGGGGGUGAAAAGGAAAGGAAGGAACUGGGUGCUUUGAGGAGAAGAUGGAAAACUUUGCAUAAAAACAACCCAGAUAAGGAAAGGAGGCAAGGAAAAUGCCCACUCACUCCAGAGGAAGUUGGUCUGAUGCUGAGAGCACUAGGAUAUGGCAGUGAUGUUCAUAUUUAUGUCGCAUCUGGUGAAGUAUAUGGAGGGGAAGCGACAUUGGCUCCAUUAAAAUCUCUCUUCCCAAACUUUUAUUCAAAAGAUUCUAUAGCCAGCAAGGAAGAGCUGAAACCUUUUUCUGCCUUCUCUUCUCGCAUGGCUGCACUUGACUUCAUUGUCUGUGAUGAGAGUGAUGUAUUCGUUACCAAUAAUAAUGGCAAUAUGGCGAAAAUUCUAGCAGGACGGAGGCUUGUGAUUUUCAUUUUCUGUUGCAGGAGAUAUUUUGGACAUAAACCUACUAUUCGUCCCAAUGCAAAGAAACUAUAUCGAUUGUUCUUGAGCCGAGGUAAUAUGUCUUGGGAAGCAUUUGCUUCUAGAGUUCGUACACAUCAGAGAGGCUUCAUGGGAGAGCCAAAGGAAGUAAGGCCAGGUAGGGGUGAGUUCCAUGAGAACCCAUCCUCCUGUAUAUGUGAAGUUUCCGAGGGCAAGGCAAAGAAAGACUCGGAUCCUAGAAAAUAUGGGAAACGGAAUAAUGCGACGAAAAAUGAUGAUGGUGAAGCUGUUGAAGAUCAAAAUGUUGAUGAUGAGCCAGAAUUGCCAGACCAGGACUAUGAUGAUCGUAAUGACCCUCAACAGAAAGGUCUCUUUAAUGGAACGGGUCUAGAUUACGAUGGGCUUACCUCAGAGGAGCCUGAGUGGGAAGAGAUGCUCUCGGACUGAGUAAACCAUUGUUUAUUUUUCUGAAGAUGUGUUUUGUUGUACCUAAUCCCAUUCUUUUCAUAAAAUUCUUUGGUCCCUUCACUCCCUCUUGCCAAAGCUCUUUUUUUUUUGGCUGAAAGACUAUGAUAUGAUCUUUCCUGUAUAUAAUUCCAGUAGCCGUAGAGUAAUACAUCAACCAAUUUUGCAACACAACCACAAUGUUCGGUUGAUGACAUGACAGUGAACUUUGAAACGAGUUGCUGCUGUAGAAGCAACUCUGAAUUGGGAAAUCUGAAAAUGCUCUUGCUCGGAAAAAGGUGCAGAUAAAAGUGCAGCCCCCAUGCUUUGUAGAGUUCUAAUUUCAAGAGUGCUCCCUGAAUCUCCAUGAUGCAAGCCUUCAGCUAGCUGAGUGCAGAAUUAUUAAACAGGCCUGUUGGUAUUUUAUUUUAGCUGUAAAGUUCAAGCAAGGUGUUCUGAUAAGCCCAAUGUGGAGCGGCGUUCUGGCAGGGGAACAAAGGUUCCUUUUAAAGGUUACUGCAGAUUGAAUCGCUAAUUGUUACAGACGAUCUUCAUUUCUCAUUGAUUAUAUUUUAAUGAAGAUGAGUGGUUUGCAUUUGUUAGAAA